CAACAAGUUAUUCAAGUAUUUCAGCAAAAAAUUAAACACUCUCACAAAUAUAAAAUAUCCAAGAGUUUUGAAGAAUCAAAGAUUAGAAAAUGAGUUCAACGAGCAGAGCAUGGGUCACAGCAGUGAGUUUAGGAGUAGUAGAGGCAUUAAAAGAUCAAGGAGUUUGUAGGUGGAAUUACACAAUCAGAGCCAUAAAUCAGCACGCUAAGAACAAUGUACGCUCAUAUUCACACGCCAAGAAGCUUUCAUCUCAAUCUUCUUCUUCUUCUUCUUCUUUGGUUUCUGCUAACAAAUUAGAAUUGAAAAAGGUGAAGCAGUCUGAGGAAUCUCUGAGAAAAGUCAUGUAUUUGAGCUGUUGGGGGCCUAAUUGAUCGAAUCCUCACAGCAGUUAGAUUUCAUUAGUGUCAUUUUUUUGUACAUGUAAAGUAUUUGACAAUAUUGUAAACAAUUUUGAGAGCUUGGGCUAAAUUGCCCCCAUCAACUCUAGUUGAAAACAAAUUUCUGCAAACCAAUUUCGAAACAUGAUCAGAUUUACUA